UGACAUCACCGCCUUGCGAGCAACAUUUUUGCCCGAAACAGUGGCAACACAACUAAUCAACAAAACAUUCAAGAUGUGCGGAACUAUGGUAAAAUAAUUAUUACGCUAAUAGCUAUUAAUAAAUUAACUUUACGCCCAAUUCGUUGAAUCCACGAAAUGUCGGUGCACUUCGACGAGAAGAGCGGGGUUGUCCCAUGCCAGACAAGCUGGGGCUCCUGGAGCCAAACUAUGGAGGAGAUCUUCAUCGAAGUCAACGUUCCUCCCGGGACAUCUGCUAAAGAAGUCCAAUGUCGUCUGGGAGCCAGAGACAUGGAGCUACACGUCAAAGGGAAAGAGGUUAUAAAGGGGCGGUUGUUUGGCACAGCUGUUUCGGAUGAGGCCACAUGGACACUGGAGGAUAAGUGUCUCAUCCGAAUUGUCCUGAUGAAGACCAACAGAGAGGCUGGGAACUGCUGGUCUUCCUUGUUAGAGGGAGAGUACUCUGCCAAUGCUUGGGUCCAGGACCAGAUGCAGAGAAAGCUCACACUGGAAAGGUUCCAGCGAGAGAAUCCUGGAUUCGACUUCAGCGGGGCAGAGAUUUCUGGAAACUUUGCUGGUGGUGGUCCAGACUUUUCCGGUUUACAAAAGUGACCUGCCACAGUAAGCUAAUACUAAGGUUGUCAGGUCAGCCUAAUGAACACUAUUGCUCAUAUCAAUGGCACACUAGAGCUGUAGAUCAAUUGGAUCUAAUAAUUUGGGAAGCCAAGUUUCACUGCCAAUGGAUAUUACUUUGAGUUUUGUCCCACCACUCAGAAGCAGAUUAAUGUUGACUUAAUAGUGUUGCACCUGAAUUGACAAGGACUCAAAAAUAGCUUUCCAAUAAAGUUUUAUUGAAAGGUACAAGAACAUCUUUAGAUGGUGUAUUCAGUCAUUUUGAAGUCAAAGAGACACUUGGCAUACAACAUAAAGAAACUGGCUAAGGAAAUGCAAUGCAAAUUCCAAAACGUGUGGCGCUUCACUCUGUGCCAUCGUAUGCAUCAAAUGGCGAGAACAACUCAUCGUUAACAG